UCCUCUCAUCAUGAAGGUCCUGAUCGUCCUCGCCCUCGUGGCCGCCGCCGCCGCCGACGUGUCCCACCUGUUCGGCGCCCAGCACCAGCACCACCACCACCACCACGAGGUCGCCGCCCCCGUCGUCCGCUCCUUCGACUCCUUCCCCGCCCAGUACCAGAAGCCCAUCGCCAUCCUCCGCCAGGUCCAGGACAACAGCGGCCUCGGCGACUACAAGUACGCCUUCGAGACCGAGAACGGCAUCCAGGUCCAGGAGGAGGCCGUCCUCAAGAACGCCGGCUCCAAGGACGAGGCCAAGAGCGCCCAGGGCUCCUACUCCUACACUGGCCCCGACGGCCAGGUCUACACCGUCCAGUGGGUCGCCGACGAGAACGGCUACCGUGCCUCCGGCGCCCACCUUCCCGUCGCCCCCGAGAUCCCCGCCGAGAUCCAGCGCUCCCUGGAGUUCAACGCUGCCAACCCCCAGCAGUUCGACCAGCAGUUCUAAGAAACUUGUCACGCUACGAUCGCCUGUGUUACCGCCACAAAUGAUAUUCAUUUGCGAACCUGAGUACUGUGUACUCGCCUACCAAUUUUUGUUGUAAGAGCUCCGAAGUACCUUGUCACAAUAAACCAUAAGUACAAACAAA